AUGGAGAGCUUCAAAAGAAUGAUAGAUGAUUGUGCCUUACUGGAUCUGGGUUAUGAAGGAAUCAAGUUUACAUGGUGGAACAACAGAGAAGGGGUUAAUGCUAUUCAUGAAAGACUAGAUAGAGCCCUAGCAAACAAUGCAUGGUGUAGAGCUUUUCCUUAUGCAAAGGUGUUUCAUACUUUUGCUGCUUAUUCAGAUCAUAACCCUAUUGUGCUACAAACUGAGGGUUGUGUGCAAAAGUUUAAGGGCCAAAAGCCUUUCAGGUUUGAAGCAGUUUGGACAAAAAGUGAAGAAUGUGGAAAGGUGAUUGAGAAGGCUUGGCAAGUUCAUUGUGGUAAUGGACCUAUUAGAGAGGUGGUGAACAAGAUUUUGAGGUGCAGUGACAGUUUUCUAAGAUGGAAUAAAGCUAGUUUUGGAACAGUCCAAAAGAGAUUAAAGAUGGCUAGGGUGCAACUAGAGAAGAUUCAAGCUGAGAAUUUAAGAAAUCCAAAUAGAGCAGCAGUACAGCAAGCAAGAGAGGAAGUACAAAUAUGGCUUAAGAGGGAGGAAAUACUUUGA